UUCAAGAAAUGAGCUGAUGUCCUAUGUUUGAAAAAACGCCCACUGGGCGUGCAGAGGGAGCAUCGUCAGCAUCAGGACCCAAGGUGGGACUCAGGGGGAGAGUCAGUCUGACAGGUGGAUCACAGGCUCUUACAGAAAGCAUGCACACUGGAUGUCUGCAGGACGUGUCGGUUCGUUUCGACUUAACGGCGUGAUAAUGAAGUCAUUUCGGUCGUCAGGCUUUUCAGAGGUGGAGCAAUGAAUGGAGAGCUAUGAUGAUGUCCUGCCAGGUUGUGUCCAAACCCAGGAGACCGGCUUUACGGGGAGCUGGUUACCUGUUACAUUCUCAGUCCUCCUGCCUUUCAAUGACAGAGGAACUUUUCUUGGAAGCUGCAGAAUAUGGCAACAUUCCUGAUGUGCGGCGGAUGCUUGAGGAGCUGCCAGAACUUGAUGUCAACUGUGUGAACUACAUGGGCCUGAAUGCGUUACAGCUGGCAGUUGCCAAUGAGCAUUUAGAGGUGACAAGGCUCCUGCUUAAGAAGAAGGACCUCACUAGGAUAGGAGACACUUUGUUGUUAGCUAUCAGUAAAGGCUACAUCCGUAUAGUGGAGGCCAUACUGAACCAUCAGGCCUUUGCAGACGGACAGAGGCUGACUAACAGUCCCAGCAAGGCAGAGACACAUGAUGACUUCUUUGCUUAUGAUGAGGACGGCACACGUUUCUCCCACGACAUCACUCCCAUCAUACUGGCUUCCCAGUGCCAUGACUAUGAGAUCGUGCAUACACUUCUUAUUAGGGGGGCGCGGAUAGAGAGACCCCAUGAUUACUUUUGCCAGUGUGGGAUCUGCAGUGAGCAGCAGAAGUUUGACUCAUUUAGCCAUUCACAAUCACGCAUUAAUGCAUAUAAAGGUUUGGCCAGUCCAGCGUAUCUGUCCCUCUCCAAUGAAGACCCUGUGAUGGCAGCCCUGGAGCUGGGGAAUGAGCUAGCAGUUCUGGCAAAUAUUGAGAAGGAGUUUAAGAAUGAGUACCAGAAACUGUCCAUGCAGUGUAAAGACUUUGUGGUGGGACUCCUGGAUUUGUGUCGAAACACAGAGGAAGUGAAGGCCAUCUUAAACGGGGACUCUGAAGCAUGUCAGAACUCUCAAACCCUCAGCAGACAAAACCUCAUCAGAUUGAAACUUGCAAUAAAAUAUGAGGUUAAAAAAUUUGUGGCACAUCCAAACUGCCAACAGCAACUCCUCUCCAUCUGGUACGAGAACUUGUCUGGACUGCGUCAGCAAACCACAGCAGUAAAAAUCCUUCUGGUCCUUGGUGUCGCCGCCGGGUUGCCUGUCUUGGCUUUUAUGUACUGGAUAGCACCAUCAAGCAAGUUGGGGAAACUGAUGUGUGGCCCUUUCCUGAAGUUCGUAGCGCAUGCAGCUUCUUUUAUAAUAUUUCUUUGCCUACUGAUCCUGAAUGCAGCAGACCGGUUUGGGGGAACAUCGCUGCUGCCUAACAUGACGACCCAUGAUAACCCCUCACAGCUGUUUCGUAUGAAAACCACCCCCUUCACCUGGAUGGAGAUCCUCAUCAUCUCCUGGGUCAUAGGAAAGAUCUGGGAAGAAUGUAAAGACAUCUGGUCGCAGGACAUCCGGGAAUAUCUCUCAGAACCCUGGAACCUUCUUGAUUUUAGCAUUUUGGCCAUUUUCAUGACCUCGUUCAUUGCAAGGUUAAUGGCUUUUUGGCAUGCAUACUCCGCUCAGAGUUAUGUUGACAAGCACUAUAAUGGCCUGUCCAACAUGACCUUGCCCUUUGAGAUACAGUAUUUCCAGCUGGCUCGAAUCAACUGGAUGCCCUCAGAUCCCCAGCUCAUAUCUGAAGGCCUCUAUGCAAUUGCAGUUGUGCUGAGUUUCUCACGCAUUGCAUACAUCCUGCCUGCCAAUGAGAGCUUCGGGCCUCUGCAGAUCUCUCUUGGAAGAACAGUCAAGGACAUUUUUAAGUUCAUGGUUAUUUUCAUAACAGUUUUUGUGGCUUUCAUGGUAGGAAUGUUCAAUCUGUACUCGUACUACCUCGGAGCCAAGCACAACGAUGCCUUUACAACGCUUGAAGAGAGCUUUAAGACGCUCUUUUGGGCCAUCUUUGGCUUGUCAGAAGUGAAGUCUGUGGUUAUUAACAUCGACCAUAAGUUCAUUGAGAAUAUUGGCUAUGUUCUGUACGGGGUGUACAACAUCAUCAUGGUGAUUGUGCUGCUGAACAUGCUCAUUGCAAUGUUUAACAGCUCCUUCCAAGAGAUUGAGGAUGAUUCUGAUGUUGAGUGGAAGUUUGCCAGAGCUAAGCUGUGGUUCUCGUACUUUGAGAACGGUGGCACACUGCCUGUGCCCUUCAACCUCAUACCCAGCCCCACGUUCGUCAUUUCCAUCUGGCUGGCUUUAAAGCAGUUUCUCUGGGAUGGACCUAAAAGCAAAAAGAAAGAAAAUUCACAUGAUGAAACGGAGCUUAACAAGCUGAGACAACAAGAGGAUCUGAAUGUGGUGGCAACACUUGGCCCUACCUCUCACCACAAAAUAAUGAAUCGCCUCAUUAAAAGAUACAUCCUCAAAGCACAUAGAGAUAAGGACAAUGAUGAAGUGAAUGAAGGUGAGCUUAAAGAAAUCAAACAGGACAUCUCCAGUCUCCGCUAUGAGCUGCUGGAAAGAGGAGAGCAUGACAUGCAGACACUGGCAAAGCUCAUCAGGCAACUGGGAGAAGUCAUACAUGUCCAGAAGAAUGAAAAUCAGAACAAUUAGACGGUUAUUCUUUCUUUAAAGAAUACAAACAAAUGUAAAUAUAGAUAUGUGAAUGAUGUGAUUACUUGAAAAGCUCACAGCAUACACUUCAAACAUAAACUUUAAAUAGAACCAACAAUGUUUAACAUCCUAGAUUAUUUUCCUUUCAUUAAAAUGAAUAAAUGUGUAGUCCCUGUA